AAUGAUGACUGAGGGUCUUCCCCCACCAGACUACAACAGUACACAACUUGGCCUCUCAGUCAUUCAUUGUGUCUUCCUCUCGAAGUGUCGGAACCCAAGGUGUUUUGGGACCCUUACCCGCUCUUCCUUUUGGUGUCUGUGCAUAUUCAGUGUCGGGAAAGAAUGAUUGGAGAUCACUCAGCUUGCUGGGAAAGGAAAAGUCAAUGAAUAGAUACAAGUGAAGAUGGAAGUGUUGUGUGUACGUGUCGUUUUCGAGCCUCAGUGUAGCUAGUACCUUACUACUACCUAGUAUUCAUUUUCUCGUGGCUGUGAUGAAGUCGCGGUGACUCAGUCAGUGAGUGAUUGUUCUUCCCCCGAAGGAAGUGCUUCGGUUGCACAUUGCAUCAUAUAGCAGUAUCUUAUCGUCACUUAGUAUACCUAUCAGGAAAUGCUCGUGUCAGUUUACAGACGUUUCGUUGUGUGAGUACCUACCCCAGUGGAAGUCCGCCAUGGAUGUAGUAAUCUAACUUUGAAUAGGCUAGGAUACUCGGUAGUAGGAGCCCUCAAAUCCUCCUGCCUGCUGCUGCUGCUGCCAUUUCUGGACUCAGGACGAAUUCUGUUUCACUCCAACGUUGCCCUGCAGCUGCCCUCAGUGGACAGAUCAGCCAGUCUUCAUCAACUUGACAUCUGGAGGGUUGCAAGCUACUGUGUCAGUACAGCUCAGCUCAUCUUCCUUAGAAGCGCUUAUUGUGGGUGCCUUUUGAAGUUUUGUUGCCACAUGCAGUAUACAUAGUUGGUAGUAUGAGUGCCCCAAUGGCUUACGGCUAUAUCCCAGGGAGGGGGAAAAUUGAAAGUCUGUGUCUUUCUAUACAUCUUACAACAUGUUGAUAAAUAUAUUAUUCAUAAUGCCUUUUUGGCAUUUUUAUGAGGAAAAACGAAAGGAAAAUACUUUUGAAGUGGCAACAUUGUUGAUGCGUUAUAGCAACUGACAUUCAUCACAUUAUGAAGGAAGGUGUUUAAGAAGCCCAUAUAUUAACAGAAAUUGUGUCUUUGGGAGAUUCAUAGCUCCAAGUGAAAAUGUAGUUGUUUGGCUCCUUAGAGGGAAUUGGAAUAAUGAGGCAUUAGGAAGGCAUUUCAUAUUGAUAUAAAUGGAAUGUGAUGGAGAGAGUGCAAGUACUGAACGCAAGCCCCACAUCUUGCAUUGGACGGGCCUCCACUAGUUCUCCACAGACUCCUGGUAGUCCUGCAUACACUCCUCAAGACCAAAAAGAUUAUGUUAAGGCCAAAGAGAGAAAAAGUAAUAAAGUUAGCACUAAUGCGCAGGCUCAGAAUUCUAACAUUUUGAAUAAUAAUGUUGAUUUGAAUGGGUUGUUGAAUGGUGCCAUAAGUAAUACUAAUAACAAUGAUGAUAAAGGGAACAAUAGGAAAAAAAGUAUUAUUAACCAGAAUACGCAAAAUCGAGAGCAAGGCUCAAUGGGGUAUGUCAGUGAAAGAGUGCGAGCCUUAAGCGUGAGUAAUAGACCUAAGACAAAUGCUUCAUCACCAAACAGAUUUGGACCACCUGACCUUCGAGCCUCUUAUAAUGAGAGGCUUAGGUCAGGAUCUACCAGCCUGCAGCCUUCAGGAAGAGGUAGUGUGACCCGAUCAGGUCAGGAAGUUGGAGGAGGUUUUGUGUAUAUGCGUGGAACUGGAGGUCUUUAUCGGAGCAAUUCAUCAUUAGAAUUAGAUCAUGAUGCUGAUGAACAACCUCCUGGGUCUCCUCUGCGGAGAGAGUAUGGAUCUCAUGGAUCAAUUAAUGUGGCCUCUGCCCCUCCUGAAACCCUGUACUCAAUAUUACGUGACCUUCAACCAACUGAUCGCCAAGACUCAACCUCUGCUUCCACAGAUAAUGUAUCAGGUUCGCUUGGUGGGGAGGCAGAAGCGACGUCCCCUAAAGUCAGAUCAAAAUUUCAGAAGCUAUGGGACAAAGACAAACCAUCUAUAUUUAAAAAGCUUAGGUCAGGUAAAAGCACAGAGAACAAAAAUGAUGUGAAAUCUGAAGUAACUUCAGAGUCGAGUGUUCAAGCAGGUGUUUCAAAGUGUUCUAAACUUGAGAUGAGUGGUGAUUCAGACAGUCGCAGUGAAGAUUCUCUUUGUGUUGUCCCACCUAGGAGAUCAGCUUUUGCCCACUAUGAUUGUAGGUCAUUAGUAGCACAACUUAAUAGCUCACAAAUGCGAUCAUUACUGGUUGAUCGUGUUAACACCACCACUGGAGCUUCAGCCGCUGCCAUGGCAGGAAUGGCUCCAUUAGGACCUCAGCAUGACAGUACUGAAGAUCUUCAGCCAGACGAAAACGACCUUGGAGAUGGGAGAAGUAAUCGCCUAAUCAACAGCUGCCCCUUUUUUCGAAAUGAACUAGGUGGUGAAGGAGAACGUGUGGUAAGCUUAAGCAGAGAUUGGGGCUGUGGUUCACAACCUGGUUGCUCUGUAAAUCCCCUAGUUUUGUAUAGACCUGUAACAGCAUCAACCAUAGGUCUACUGGAGCCUCCAGUUGGACAAUCUCAUUGGAGAUCAACACUUUGUCCUUACAUCAGAUGCCCUCUAACAAUAGAAGCUGUGGACCAAGGAGCAAGUUACUAUCGUAAUUACUUUGUUGCACAUGAACAUCAGAACUGGUUUGGUGUUGAUGAUGCCAUGGGUCCUGUGGCUAUUAGCAUUAGGAAAGAAAAACUUGAAGAUGUCACAGACAAUGCUCAUAGUUUACCAACAUAUCAGUACCGUAUUAUCAUUAGAACUGCUGAGCUCUAUAGCUGUCAAGGAACUGUGUUGGAGGAAAGUCUUGGUAGGCCUAGUGGAGAAAAGGGGAGAGGAUCCGGAUCACGUGAAUUGUUGGAAUAUGUUUGUCCCCAGCUCUCUGUAGGAUCAUUACGUUUAGGUCAAGCAACUCCACAAACAGAAGAAGCACUGUUAAGAUUAGAUGAUUUAGGCAUUCACAACAAAUUUAAGAUUGGUGUGCUAUAUUGUCGUGCUGGUCAGACAACUGAAGAGGAAAUGUACAAUAAUGAGAGUGCAGGUCCAGCAUUUUCUGAAUUUUUAGAGAUUUUAGGACAGCGAGUUAGAUUAAAAGAUUUUGAUAAAUACCGUGGAGGUUUAGAUCGUAAAACUGACUCCACGGGUUUAUACAGUGUAUAUACACAGUACCGUGACCUAGAAGUGAUGUUCCAUGUGUCAACUCUUUUGCCCUUUACUCCAAAUAAUCGUAAGCAACUGUUACGGAAGAGACACAUAGGAAAUGAUAUUGUUACCAUUAUAUUUCAAGAGCCUGGAGCACCUCCAUUUAGCCCGAAGCACAUUCGCAGUCACUUCCAGCAUGUGUUUAUUAUUGUUCAAGCUAUAAAUCCUUGCUCAGAAAAUACACAGUACAGUGUUACUGUCAGCAGAUUCCGAGAUGUACCCAUGUUUGGCCCAAUGUUGCCUGAAGGAGCAACAUUCCCAAAGUCUAAAGCAUUUACAGAGUUUCUUUUAGCCAAGGCAAUCAACGGAGAAAUUGCUGCUCUAAGAUCUGAGAAGUUUGCAACCAUGGCAAUGCGUACAAGACACGAGUACCUGAAGGAUUUGGCAUUGAAUCAUUCGUCCUCUACAACACUUGACACUUCAACAAAAUUCUACUUGCCUGUUGGGAUUAUUGGCCGGGAACUUUGGCACCAUUCUGUGGCAUUAACUUCGCCAUCUCCAACCUCUAGCAUAGUCAUGUCUUUGUUGGCCUUUGUUUUUUUAUUCCCAGUUGGAGCAUUAAUGGGGUUCUCACGAGGAGGCAAGAAAGACAAGAAGAGCAUCAGGUAUAUUCCUGAUGGUAGUUUGCGUGGAGCUCUAUCAUGGCCUUUGUCUGUGCAUGAUGCCUCUCUUCAGCAGAAUAUUGACUGUGUGCUUGGGAUCUCAGCUGAUUCAUUGGUAGUUGUGGAAGAAACUUCAGCUUCUGUUAUAUUUGCAGCACCCUGCAAGAGUGUUAUUGGCUGGACCUACAAACAGCAACAAGGAUUGCGAGUGUUUUACCAUCAGGGUGAGUGUUUAUUGAUCAACUUACGGUCUGGUACUUCUGAAGCUGAGGGUGAAGAAAUAAUGUCUGAAAUUGUGGCCAGACUAUCAACAGUAACUCAAGGAGCAGAAACUCAGGAAUUGGUGUUACGUCGAAAUUCUGCUGGAUUGCUGGGGUUUAAUGUCCAACAGGAUGGGGUCAUUACUGAAGUUGAACCAUAUGGAUUGGCUGCACAGUCUGGUCUUCGACAAGGAGCCAGGCUUGUUGAGAUAUGUACAGUAACACUGGCAACCCUUUCACAAGAGCAGAUGGUGGACCUUCUUAAAACUUCCAUGACGGUCACAAUCACUAUUGUUCCUCCUCAUCCAGAUGGAGCACCUCGCAGAGGAUGUAAUGUACCUACAUGUGGUUUUCUCCUUGGAGGUGGUGAAGGUGAUUAUGAGAACCUAAGUACUCCUGAGGAGCUCUCUCAUAAACAUUUAACAUCCCGACAUAAUCCUGCAACUCGGUAUGAUCGAAGCUUGUCACCUCCACGUUCCAGUAACAGCUCCGGGUAUGGGACUGGCAGUUCUUCAAGAUCCUUCAGUAUUGAUCAGCGUAGUAGCAGUACACAGGAGUACCAUGAACCUUCACGAAUACACCAGGCAGAGUAUAUUGCUGAACGCCAAAACCACCAAAACAACAAUAUGGGAGACUAUGAUCGAACUGUUGAUUAUGAAAGAACUUUUGACUACACGGGAACUCUCUCAAGCACAAGCUCUGGUCACUCCAGUGACCGAUGGCCAGAACACCUUGAAGAUCAGCCUAUCCUGGAUUCUCCACCACCCUUACCUGCAAGAUCCUCUCAGAGCACUAAACGACGUGGUGACCUCUUCCAAUCUUCUUUUCAUAAUCGAGGGAACUCCAGCCAUCCACCCCACUUAAGUCCUAAUCCUUCAGGAACACAUCCUGGCUACUGUACUCAUGGUCCUAAUUCAUUUACACCAACACCCUUAAUUACAUCAUCUCCAUCUCCUACGUCUCAGUGUCAAGCCUCUGGUGGGGUUUAUGUUCCUCCUCAUAUGUGGUCUCACCCUAAGCUCGAUAGUACUACUGAUGCUUUGGGCGACAAUGCCAACUAUGCAGUGCCUCCCCCUAAUCCUCGACCCCUGCAUGUAAACUCAGAGGAUGGAUCUCAUUUUGCUGGCUCUGGUGAUUAUGACAAUGCUCCUCUAAGGGUUGAUAACCAGAGAAUGAAGCAGAUAACUGAUAUACCAGUAUUAGCUACAACUGUUACUCCAUCUGCUGCACCCAUUUCCCAAGGACAGGUAAAUGAAUAUAUUGCAUGGAGAAAUGAGAGGUUAAACGGCAAUGUCAGAUCAUCCAGCCUUCCAAACAGCAGCAAUGCACGAUUACCUGGACAAGAAGAAAAUAAUUCUUCCACCGAACGUUUAUGUCCAACACGUAGUGAAGAUGAGUUAUCUGGCAGCAGUGGUUCACCUCACAGUAAACGUCGAGUCAAAGGUGGUAACACAACUCCUUCAUCAGCAUCAUCUAGAAACCAGUCACCUCGUACAGUUGGCACAGAAGCUCGUUUGCGUCAAGCUGCAACACCCAGAAAGAAUAGUCACCGGAAUUCAGCUAAUUUAGGGUCUUCAAGUUUACAAGAGGAACUUUUUAGACUCAUCAAUCCUGAUUAUAUAUCAGAUGUUGAAUCUACCUUGUCCAAAGAGAACACGAUUGCUGAUCGGCCAAGAGCAUACAGCGUAAGUCUCGGAGUCCCAGGUAAUGUUGCUGGAUCUUCAUCUCAAGGAAGUCAAGGUACUAAUAACAAUAGUUCUUUAGAUCGCUUAUCGUUAAAGUCUGGGAGCAACAGUUCAAGCAGUGAUAAACAGAAUCAGCCGCAAAUAUCGUCCUGUAAGCCAAAUGUUGUUAGUCAUAACCAGGGACCAAUAGUUCCAACACAGUGUGGUGGAGGCCAUUAUCGUAAUUAUCAGAGUGGGGGGAACGUUCAACAGCAACAUACAACCACACCAUCCCCUACCAAUUCAAGUGGUAACCAAAAUAGUUCGAGCCGUACAGAAGUACCAGAAGUUGUUGUUCUAACAGCCAGGCCAGCAACUGUGAUUUCGAACUCUUCUGCAACCUCCAGCCCAGCCACAAUUAGUGAUCAACGUUUAGAUCAGAAGAAUGUUGGAAACUAUGAUCAGCAACCACCUGUUGCCAUUCAUCCAACACAGACUUCUCAAGAAAGGGACAUGUAUUCUGCUAGUAGCCAGUGUGCUCUAGUAAAGAAUAACCGUGAGAAUGGGGUUCCAGAAGGGGAGCAGAGUACGGGCUUGGAUGUUGACCAGGAAUGGAUGUCUUUGGUGAAUACAGCUACGCAAGCUAUCACAAAGAGUGGGGACAUAAUUGGCAACAACCCUGGAACAUCUCAAAAUUGGUCGCACCAGUCUAGUGGACGACCUGUGGAAGAUAAAGUGGGACCAUCAGAUCCAUCUGUCUUGCACGAUCGUGUUGUUCAACUGGAACGUCGUUUAGCUGCAGAGCAACAGAGGUCUGAACAGCUAGAGGAUGAAGUUAGUCAGUUAAGAACUGAAAAUCGCAAGUUACAGGAAGAUAGUCGAGCAGCAGCACAGCAGCUUCACCAGUUUACUGAAUGGUUUUUUAACACCAUUGAGAAAUCAUAAAUUGUAGACUUUAUAACAUAUGACAUUUUAAAUUAUUAAAUUCUGAAAUACGGCUGUAUUUAUGAUACAGUAAUCAAUAUGAAGUUGUCAGUGUUUAUUAAAAGCAAUAGUGACAUUUUUAUAACUAAUACUAAACUUUUUAUUGCUGUGCCAUUGUCUAAUAUAGAACUAUUUGAACCAUGUAAGACAUCUUACUCUUAAAAACCAAAUAUGUAGUGUAAAUGAGGUUUUAUAUUACACAGUAAUCAAACAUUUUUCUGUUGAUAGAAGUUUAGUUAUUACAUCUAUAUAUGUGAUGAUGGAACUGUAUGUACAAGCAAGAGCUGGUCUCUUUGAAGCAGUUUAUGAAGCCAUUCAUGGAAACAAAAUAGGUCAAGCCGGAUAAUUGGUAGCAAUCAGCCGUUUAGCUACACAACACAGUUGAUAGUCCAGGCAACUUUACUUAAAUUCUAAUCUGAUGAUACACUUAGUGCCUUACAGUAUUGUUACCAAAUUAUAUUUUCAUUGUAAUAUAGUGUAGCAAAUAAUUAUACAUAACUAACUAGAAUAAUUGUUAUUACAUUCAUUUUUAUGAAUGAAAAAUGCCUCAUUUGUACAUUAUUAAGCCAAAGAAUUCUUUUGUUGUAAGGAUAGUACUAAUUUUGUUUACUGAUAACUAAUAUGUAUGAUAAAAACUGUAAGGGCAAAGUAUUUUUCUAAAGAUUUGCCUUUGGCAGUUAUGUCAUAGUUUUCUAUCCUUUACUCUAUAAGAUUAGAAUUUUAUUACAAAAUCAUUUCAACUGUACAUAUACAUUAUAUAGUAUGUAAAAUAAAAUUAUGAUACAUCCCAUUUAUUUUAUUCCUUUAUUUCAGGCGAAUUGCUUUUUCAAAAAAUGAACAGUGUUCUUUAUCUUGUAUCUGCUUCUCGACAUUUUACAUUUUCUUAGCUUGAGUGUCCUUUAGAUUAAGAAUCUUAUGUUGUACUAGUAUCCUAGUAUAUUAUUAUAAAUAUUGCAAAUUCAAGAUAAUUUACAUUUUCAUACAUAUACAAUUUGCAUUUUUAUACAUACCUGCUAUCAUUUCUAUGAAUUGCCUUUGGACUAGUGUGGAGUUGGUAAUAGAUUGGAUUAUGAUAAAAGGCUUCAGGUUUGCAUACCUAUGAUAAAAUGCAAAUUAUCCAGAAGUUACAAUUUGUUACUGAAAGAUGGCAUGGAAGUGAGCACAAAUGACUCUGCCUGUAAGGCAUGAACUUCUGAGAUAAUAUGAGCUGCCAGUGCUGAGCAGAUUGUUCAUGUCAACACAGACACUGGGCAGAUACUUCCAUAAAAUUGUUAAUCUGAAGUCUGUAAGAAGGUCAUGCUGUUACUGCAUGCUCAUAUGGCCAACGAACAAUUGGCAUAGUUUCUUAAUUCAUUAUUCGUUAUGAAAAUUGCCAUAUGCAGGUACCAGAUUAUUUAGUUAUCAAUAAAUAAUAUUUAAUUUCCAAGAUGUUAUACUUGAAAUAAAUUCAAUUGGAAUGGAGUAAAUUUAUUGUGUAUCAAAGAUAAUUGUUUUGCAAUGUAAGGAAAAUAUAUAUCCACAAGUCCUCGAAUUCUAAUUUUAUUCUCAACUAAUAGUUCAUGACAGCAAGGGCAUAAGUGUUUGGAAGUUGGCUGUGGUGCUGCUAGUCUUGACCCAACGUAUCGUACACUACUGGGUUGUCGCCGUUUCGUUACCUACAGCCGAUACAUAGUAUACGUUAAGCCCGUCAAUAUUCUUUAAUACCUAAGUGUAAUUCAACAAAUUUUGUCCUUUGACCAAUAAAAUAAUUUGCAUGACAUUUAGUAGGCCUAAAUUUGACUUCUGGUUUUACACCAGAUUAGCCAAGGUCUAUUUUCGUCUGUAUACUCUCAGAUACGUAAUGUGAAUGAAUAUUCAAAUCGACAAUAUUAUAUGAGGCACCCGGCAGAGCAAGGGCGCAAGUGUCACCACAGCCAAAGUAGUUAGCAGUAUGACAUCUUUCCCCAAGCUUUCCACUACCCAUCAGUACUUCAUAUGUGACCUUAGGCUUGAAACAUUAUGGUCUAAUAUGCCAUUGAACAAAAUUACUUUUCCACCCUUAUGCAAUGUAGAAACUUCUGCCGAGAGACUCGCUUGCACAAGGGCGCUUCACCGUCCCUUCAAACCAGGGGUGGUGUGUUCCAGCGGUAUGGGGGAGUGAGCAUUCAUUGUCUCUCUCUACCUAUCUCCUGCUCAGUCUCGGCAACCAGUGAAAACGCUCACAGACUGGGCUCGCGUUUCUGUUGGCUAAUUUGGCUUGACGCUCCUCUUAUCUUGUAUGCAGGACAGAGAGACUUCAUCCCGUUCUUUCUAUUCGUCCCAGCCUUUAUAUGUUAUCAUGCUUUGUUAUAGUUUUCACUUUUUAUGAGUGUUUUCGUAGCAAUUAAAUAUUUUACAGUAUUUAUUAUGGCUGAUGGUGUUAAUAAUAAUGAUCAACAAAAGAUCGUUAUUAGUGAAGGUGAAUCUAUUAACAGAAGUUAUUGUUGAGCUAGAAAAAUAAUUAUUGCUACAAAAUUAUGUAAUGAAAGUAUGUAAGGCUUAUACUUGCUGAAAGACUCUUAACUUUAAGAAGUAGAAGCACGUAAACUUGGACCUGCUAGCGCUAAUGCCUAUGAUAUAGGCAUUGUUUAAAGACCAUUAGGACAUUGGAGACAAUGCCCAGACAUAUUUGUAGAUAUGAAUGGUGUUGGUGCCAAUACAAAGUCGCAGGAUACCAACUGACGAAAGUUCAAGUUCACAAACAAAUUACUGAUUAAGGAAGUUCUAUUUUACUUCCCAUGUUUAUUUUAACUAUACUUUUUAUUCAUAUUUUGUGUGAACACAUUACGAAGCUGCUGACCGUGACAUCUCGUUAUUCUCUCGCGAAAUCUUGUAGCCUCGUGUACAUGGAAUCGAAUCUUAGGGUUGUAAAGCUGUAUAUGUAUGUGGAGUUUAUUAAAGAUGAACAUCUAAAUGUAAACAAUUUCUUUUAAUUAUUAUAGUAGCAUGUUUAGGACCGAGUUUAAUGUUAGUUUCAUGCCUUCUGUUGUGAUACAUGCAACACCUUUGAUUUAUUGACAACAAAUAUUGAAAAAUAUAAAUAAAAUUGAGUUGGGAAAAAGCCCAGUGGGAUGAAAUGCAACGUGAAUUGAAUGCGCAUAAUAAAGUGCUUGCAACACAAGCUAGAGCUGCACUUAAUAGCUUUAGUAGCUCAGACAGUGAUGAUCUUAAGGGUGUUUCAAUCUGUGACAAACAUUGCCGACACCCAAGCGGAGCACUAGUGUUUCUUAUCAAAGAAAACUGUGGACAUACAACUUUCAUGUUUUUAUUGUAAAAACAUGUAAUUUGACCAUGACCUGUGGGAUGAGGUUAUGGCACAGCAACAGUCAGCCAAGAUAUUGAGUUGCAUUAACCAUGACAUCCAGGCUAAUCAUGUUGGCAAGCAGACAAAGACCGCUUUUUCUAACAAUUGUGCUGUGAUGUCAAUAACUAAGAUAUAGCCUAAGGAAUUUAAUUAAACCGCAAAAAUUUUUAUUAUCAAGAAAAAUUUAUCUUGCAUUAUACAUAUACUACAUAUUAAGUAUAACAUAUAGUACUGAUGUCAUAAUGUUUGGAUAUAUCGUAUAGGGAUAAAUUUCCUUUUAAAUGGUGAAAACUAGAUUAAAAACAUAUGGCUGGUUUAAAGAAUAUUGAUGUUUGAAAACUUUAAAUGCAUUUCUACCUUUAUUUUUAUAUUGAGCUUAUUUAUGUUUGUUAGUGUUUAACAUGACGUUUUUAUUAUAUAUAACCUUCAUUCUUAUACAUUGUGAUGUUAAUAAUUAGUGAAUGGCCAAAAUAAGUACAGUGGUCCCCCCGUAUUCGCGGGGGAUGCGUACCAGCCCCCCCUGUGAAUAGUUAGAACCCGCAAAUGUUUGGAACCCCUAUAAAAAUGCUAAAAACAGCCUAUUUUGUUAGUUAAAACUCAAGAAAAACCCACUACAAAUUUUCAUGCUUGGUUUUUUUAAUAGUUUUAUCACAAAAAGUGCAUUUUAUGAUGAAAUUAAAAAAAAACAGGAACUUGUGGAUAUUUAUCAUAGAAAAAUUGCGCGGAUUUUCCGCGAACAAUGCAGGGAAACGUUCCCAAGAGAAAUCCGCGAAUCUGGAGAACGCGAAUACGGGGGGUCCACUAUUCAGCUGCAAAAAUCAUUAUAAUCAGGUAAAAUAACCUUACAUUUUAUGCUAUAGCUUAAAUAUAACUUAUAAUAAUGGCAUAAGUUUUUGAUAUAAUAAUGGUACCCAGAUAAAUUUCCUUCCAAAUGGUCAAGAGUAGAUAAAAAUCAUAUGGUUGAUUUCAAAGAUACAGUAUUAAUGUUUGAAAAUUUUAAACAGCAUUUUUCUGGUUGUAAAAAACGGUGCUUGUGCCCUUGCUCCGCUAGCCGCCUGAUGUAUAAUCUGCUUUAUUUUAUUAUUCCCGAUAUUCUUUUUUAUUGGCCUUGUUCUCCUUUUUUCUUUUUCUUUUCAUCGUUGCUUAGCAUAAUUUACUCAGACCAAUCAUAAGAAAUAAAACUAAUUCAAUCAA